AUGACGCAAUUAUUACUAACAUUGAGGUUUUUUGCAACGGGGAAUUUUCUCAUUACAGCCGGUGACUUUAGUGGUGUUAGCGUAGCAGCUGCUGGACAAAUUGUAAAACGAGUCAGUUAUGUAUUAGCUACAAAAAGUGAUAAAUAUAUAAAAAUGCCUAAAACAACAGCAGAGAUAAUGGAGCUGAAAGUGAAGUUUUAUGGAUUAGCCCGUUUCCUAAAAGUAAUUGGUGCAAUAGAUUGUACCCAUAUAAAAUUACAAUCUCCAUCAAGAGAAUAUGGGGAACAAUACAGAAAUAGAAACGGGUAUUUUUCCCUAAAUUUACAAGCUUUGGUUAAUGCAAAUUUGGAGUUUUUGGAUGUAGUGGCACGUUGGCCUGGCUCAGCACAUGACAGCAAUGUUUUUGCAAAUAGCAGGCUCAGGGCAAGAAUGGAACUUCAUGAGUUUAAAGAUUGUGUGAUUUUAGGAGACCCAGGCUAUGCAUUAUCCCAUUACUUACUAACACCUAUAGCAAAUCCAACAACCAAGGCUGAAAGAUUGUACAAUGAAUCACAGAUUAGGACUCGUAAUGUGGUGGAACGGACAUUUGGAGUCUGGAAACGAAGAUUCCCUGUCUUAUUUUUCGGACUCCGUUUGAAAAUGGAAACAUCAAUGGCAGUUAUUCAGUCCUGUGCCAUACUUCACAACAUUGCUCGCUUGGCAAAUGACCCACAACCACCAGAUGAGGUUGAAAAUAUCACAGAUUUAUUAACCAACGAAUUAAUGGAUAUAGAAGAUGUUAUACAGCCAGAACAUAAUAAUUGUGGUCUGAGAAAUGCUCUUAUAGCAGAACAUUUUGGUCUCAUGUGA